AUGGAGAGUUUGUUGUCAAAGCUCAUUUCUUUAGCUUUCUGUGGACUGUUCAUCACCACAUGGGCUCAAGACAAUCUAAUAAAUCCAACCAAGUUGGAAAUGUUUGUGGAUGAACUUCCAGAUAUGCCCAGGCUUCCUGGCUUCGAGUUCGUCAAUGGCGUUGCAGUGUCCAAGUCACUGACGAUUGGGAUGUACCACAAGAAAUGGAAAUUUCAUAGGGAUCUCCCUUUAACUCCGGUAUUUGCCUAUGGUACAUCCAAGAACACCGCAACAAUUCCUGGUCCAACGAUUGAGGCCAUCAAUGGUGUUGACACUUAUGUGACGUGGCAAAAUCAUCUCCCUUCAAAGCACAUACUACCUUGGGACCCGACUAUCCCAACUGCAAUACCGUCCACCAAGAAGGGUAUUCCUACGGUGGUGCACCUCCAUGGUGCCAUUGGUGAGGCCGAGAGUGAUGGACACGCGGAAUCAUGGUUCACCGUUGGAUUCAAAGAACGAGGGCGGACUUGGAGCAAGAAAAUGUACCAUUAUCACAACUUUCAACAACCGGGAACAAUGUGGUAUCAUGAUCAUGCCAUGGGACUGACUAGAGUCAACAUUUUAGCUGGUUUGAGUGGGGCCUACAUAAUUCGCCAACCCAAUGUCGAGGCACCACUUGGCUUACCCCAUGGCGAUGAAUUUGAACGACCAUUGGUCAUUUUUGAUCGUAGCUUUCGUACAGAUGGUUCCAUAUAUAUGAAUUCCACAGGAAACAAUCCCUCAAUUCACCCACAGUGGCAGCCUGAAUACUUUGGUGAUGCUGUCAUAGUAAACGGAAAAGCAUGGCCCCACAUGAUCGUGAAGCGUAGAAAGUACCGUUUUCGUAUCAUCAAUGCAAGCAAUGCAAGGUUCUUCAAAUUCUUCUUCACCAACGGUCUAGAUUUCAUCCAUGUGGGGUCCGACUCGGCAUAUCACGAACGGCCCGUGAUAAUCGAUGAGAUCCUCAUGGCCCCGUCUGAGAUAGCCGAUGUGAUCGUUGACUUUUCAAAGUCAAAGUCUGAUUCGGCUAUUCUAGCCAAUGAUGCACCUUAUCCCUUCCCAACUGGAGACCCAGUCAACAAAGCCAAUGGCAAAGUCAUGAAAUUCAUCGUCGAACCACAUCAUGUGAAUGACAAGUCAAGGGUGCCUCAUAAAUUACUAGAAUACCCAUCCCCCGAUGUAUCUAGUGCUUCGCUCACACGGUACAUCGCUAUGUACGAGUAUACCAGCCCCACCGGUGAGCCUACGCAUUUGUAUCUAAACGGAAUGUCAUUCGAAAAACCAGUGACCGAGACACCGAAGGUGGGGUCCUCCGAAGUUUGGAAUGUGAUCAAUCUAACGGAGGAUAAUCACCCUCUACACAUCCAUUUGGGUCUAUUUGUGGUGUUAGAUCAGACCGAAUUGGUCAACAAAGACGUGUUUACAGCGUGCAUGACGAAGUUCAACGAUGCGAUCAGGUGCCAAAUAAGCAAGUAUGCACGUGGCAACAAGACGGAGGUGCUGGCCCAUGAGAAGGGAUGGAAGAACGUGUACAAAAUGAUGCCCGGAUACGUUACAAAGAUACUAGUGAGGUUUUCUUACAUACAUUCAAAUGCAUCCUACCAAUUUGAUGCAACAGCAGAGCCCGGCUAUGUCUACCAUUGUCACGUAAGUUCAUUGUUUCUUCUACACAUUACCUUUAUUACAUACAUUCAUAACAAGAGUUGA